CGCUUCUCUUCACCAAGCCGGUUCAACAACAACAACAACCUGUGGACCUCCACACCACGCAGCGGAGAGUACACGCUGUUCUAUCCGCUCUCAGGGAUCCCCAGCCGGGGCAUGCCCGCAACAUGUUCGACCUAAACGGAGGCUGGAACCUGUCCUUCGCCGGCUGCGGGUUUCUGGGGAUUUAUCACAUCGGAGUAGCCAGCUGUCUGCUGGAGAAAGCGCCGUACCUCAUCAGAGAGGCCACGAAGCUGUAUGGAGCCUCCGCCGGAGCUCUGACCGCCUCUGUGCUCGCGAGCCAGGCUUCGAUAAUCAAAUGCUGUGAAGAUGUCAUCGAGGUUGCAAAAGAAGCCAGGAAGAGAAACCUGGGUCCUCUUCACCCGACGUUCAACCUGGUCAAGGUGAUCAAGACCGGCCUGGAUCGGGACCUGCCGUCGGACGCUCACGUCCUGGCGUCGGGGCGGCUGUGCGUUUCUCUGACCCGAGUGUCAGACGGGGAGAACGUGCUGGUGUCGGAUUUCAGCUCCAAAGACGAGCUCAUCCAGGCGCUGAUCUGCAGCUGCUUCAUCCCGGUCUACUGCGGCCUGAUUCCUCCGUCCUUCAGAGGAGUGCGAUACGUGGACGGCGGGAUCAGCGACAACCUGCCGCAGUCGGAGCUGAAGAACACCAUCACCAUCUCUCCUUUCUCUGGCGAGAGCGACAUCUGCCCACGGGACAACUCCACCAGCUUCCACGAGCUGCGCUUCACCAACACCAGCAUCCAGAUGAACCUGGGCAACAUGUACCGCCUCAGCAGGGCGCUGUUCCCACCUGAGCCAAAGGUCCUGGCUGAGAUGUGUCAGAGCGGUUAUAAAGAUGCUCUGCGCUUCCUGGAGGAGAACAACCUGUUGAUGCUGCAGCACCCGACCUCGGGCCCCGCCCUGCAGGAGAGCCCGUCCUCCUGCUGCUGCAAGGAAUCAGAGACCACCAAAGACUGGGUGCUGCGGAGGCUCCGCCUGCUGAGGAAAGAGCACUGGUGGCUGGACGAGCAGAUCGCUUUGCCCACGUCCAUCAAGAAAGUGUUCUGCGAGGCCUGUCAGGAUAAAUCCGGCCUGUACACCAAAGUGUCCGGGAUGCUGCCGAUGAGAGUGGCCUCCUACAUGCUCAUGCCGUACACUCUACCUGUGCAGUCGGCCUACUCAGUGGCUCAGAGGUUCGUGGAGUGGAUCCCGGAGGUGCCCGCCGACGUGAGCUGGCUGUUUGGUGUGGCAGGAAACGUGUACCGACAGGCGUGGAAGGGAGGAAUGCCAGCCACCUCUAUCAGUGAACCGUGCUUGAGGAAGUGCUUGAGCGAGCCGCCUCCCUCUACAGACGGCGACAAGCCAACGCAGAGAGACCACCCUCCUGCUCUUUCCUCCCUCGACCUCCACGGGAGCUACUGGGAGAUCCCAAAUUCUACCUCCUCUUCAUCCCCUCCCCAUCCUCCUCACAUCGCCCCCUCCUCCCCCACACAGGUCUGCUUCUUCGUGGGCCUGCCGGACGAGCCUCAGAGCCCAGCAUAGCCGUGAGAUGACCAGCACUUUAACCACAGCGGUGUCAAACGUUCACCUUCUUCUGGAAGCACAAUCGGUGGAUUGGUGGUGAACCUUUGAAUCGUUGCUUAUCUUGGACUCUGUACACUCCAGACAACACCCAGUGUCAAAUAUUUUAACGAGUGCUCUGGAGAGCAGCGUCACGUUUUGCUCAGGAUCAUGGAUUUGUUUUAUGACCUGUUUUUAAUGUGCAGUCUCGUUUUACAGUUUGACUACAACCUUACCUACCUGUUUGUUUAAAAAUAUUUACUCAGUUAUUCUUCAUUCCAGCAUAAUUGAUCCAAUUGUGUCACUCUUUCAGUCCUCCUGAUUAUGUUUGUUUUCAUUGUGUCACAUGACGGUUUUUGGAAGCCAUGUUGGACGUUUAACGGCCCCUAUGUGUAACAUAUCGAAGGUUCCCAUGAAUAUAAAGAAACAGAUGUUUAUCAUAUUUCUUGCGUAUCAAAAGUCGUUUUGUAGGUAUUCUUAAUAUUUUAAAGUUUGACAUUUCCUGAAAAACACAGACAAAUUUGUGAACCUGCACUUUGGCGUACACAAGUUUAUACUCCCAGUUUACAUAAUUACAAAUUUUAAGAAAUU